CAAAUACAUCUUCCCCAAAAUAAAGACUCUCUCGUGCCAUCGUUGACUUUCUCCUCCAUCUCUUCACUUCACCCCCUCCAAAUAAACCACCACUCCAUCGAUCUCAUGGCUGACCACGAUCAGAUCACCGCCGCAGUGUUCUCGUCCCGGAGAUGAACGACACCACCGGCUCCGGCGGCUUUCUCGGCUCCCAGAACAUCGGCGGUUUCGGCUACGGCAUCGGCGUCUCCGUCGGCAUCCUCUUGCUCAUCACCACCAUAACCUUGGCUUCCUAUUUCUGCACCCGGGGAACCUCGCCGCCAGCCGCCGGCAGGGCUCGGGCGGCCGCAGUCCUCGAGCUGGCGGAGCAGGAAGCGUACGUGGUGGAGGUGGGGCUGGACGAGGCCACGCUGCGGAGCUACCCGAAGCUGCUGUAUUCGGAGGCGAAGUUGAAGAAGAAGGAUUCGACGGCGACGUGCUGCUCCAUCUGCUUGGCGGAUUACAAGGGCAGCGACAUGCUCCGGCUGCUGCCGGAUUGCGGCCACCUCUUCCACCUUCGGUGCGUGGAUCCGUGGCUGCGGCUGCACCCGACUUGUCCCGUCUGCCGGGCCACCUCGCCGGUGACUACUCCGCUGUCAACGCCGCUGGCCGAGGUGGUUCCGCUCGCAACCAGGCCUGUUGGCUGAUUAUUAGAUCCGUUUGAUCGGCUGAUGGCAUCGAACCCAUCAUUUUUUUUUUUACCAUUUUCGUUGUCAACUCCUUCAUCAUAUUCUGUACACUAAAAUUUAUAUAUACUUUAUUGGAGAUCUCACACCCAUUUAGAACAGAUCUUCCCGCAAUGAAAUUUAAUUUCUUGAAUUCUUCAAAUC